AUGUUCCCCACCGACCACGACUACAAAGAAGUAGUCCCAGCGAUCCUCGACCUCACCGACUCGAUCAUAAAACUCCUACACGCCACUUCCAACCGCUCCACCCACACCAAUCACACAAUCUCCUCUUUGCGCACUUUGCUGCUGCGCGAGCGCAAAACCGUUCAACGGCAAAAUUGUAUCAUCGCAGACCUGCGAGCCAAACUCUCGGGUGUGGAAGCACAGCUUUGUGCUGUGCAGCAGAGUUUGACACAAAGUAGUGUCGAGCAGAAAGUCAAGGUGGAAGAAAAAGAGGAAGAGGAGAAGGAGGAGUUAGGGCAGAUGGAUGAGCGGCGUCCGAGAGAAGAGGAAUUAUCUGCUCAAGCAGCAGCGUCGACAUUGUAUGAUUUGCAGAAUAUCUAUUCGAGGAUGGCGGAGAGAUAUGCUCCUGAUCUUUCGAGGAAAGAGGCUGAGGAGGAUAGUGAUUGGACUGAGAAUUCUUAG